AUUUUCAACUCAUUUUCACAAUAAAUAAAAUAAAUAAAAUAGGAACAAAUUAUUAUAAAUAUCAUUUUACCACAACCGACCACAUUUCCCCUGCCGUCAUCGUCAUGUUCUCACCGCAGUCGUCGCCCCACCCACGGAUCUCCGCCCCUCUCUUCCACUCCUCUCUGUCCGCGCAAAAUCUCCGUCGAUUCAACUCGCUCAUCCUCCUCCUCCUCCUCCUUCCCCCUCUCUUCCUCCAUCUUCCCGCUCAUCACCAACUCCCGGGACUCCGACAGCCCCUCCUGGCGCGACUUGGACGCCUUUAAAUCAGAACAGCGACAACGGAGGCAGGAUGAGGACGGCGGCGAGUUAAGGGAAGAGUCGAUCGGAGAUUUUGAGGUUCUAAUGGUUGAGGUCGCGGCGGAGAAGAAGGGAAAUAAGGAUUGUUUCCUGGUGAAGCUGGAGAAUGAUUUGGACUAUUUUAAAGCUCUCACAGAUGGUCCAUGGGUAAUCUAUGAUCAUUAUCUGGUUGUGCAACAGUGGACUCCUUCCUUUCGUGUAACAGACAAACUCCCAAGCUCCAUGGUUGUUUGGGUUCAGUUCCCGGGUUUCCCCGUUCAUUUCUACCACAAGGAACUUUUGUUUACGCUGGGGAACAUGAUUGGCAGGGCAAUCAAGCUUGACUUCCACACGGCUAAUCAGCAAAGAGCGAAAUUUGCUCGAAUGGCGGUGGAGGUAGACCUGUCUAAACCUCUAGUCCCCCGAAUUCGGCUGGAUGGCAAGUGGCAAAAAGUUGAGUUCGAGAACCUUCCCAUCGUUUGCUUCGAAUGUGGCAAAAUUGGGCAUACAAAGCUAAACUGCCCGACUCUCUCACAAGCUCUUACCGUCGCUACUCAGUCCGGUACGCCUUCACCGCCGUCGGUCGCUGCGGCCGUAGUUUCAUCGGAAGAUCCAGCCGGCUUCGGACCUUGGAUGCUGGUGUCAAGGAAAUCCCGCCGAAAUUCUCGCGAUCCCCCUAAACAAGGUAAGUCGGAGCCAAUAUUGGUAAGUCAUAACGGGAAAGAAAGGGGGAAUUCAGGGAAAGAUGAAGCGGUGGCUAAGGUGGAAAAGGUGGGAGCGGCGCCUCAGCUAUCUGGGAGGAGUCAGGGGAAAGUUCUAAAUGGCCAUAAUUCUAACCUAGGGAAGCAAAAGGGGAAAUCGGCUGGGGACAAGGGCAAAGAACGUAAAGGGAAGGAGAUCGUGGACAUGGAGGUGAAUAGGAUUUUGGGGCCUGCUCCAAAGCCCCUUGUGAUUGGACAGCCCAAGCCCACCAUCAAUAGCAAUAACAAGGAGGCCUCGUCCUCUAAACAGAUCCCGAGACCAGCUAAAGAAGCCCGACCCAACGAGAAGAAUCAGAGGCAGGAACUGAACGUCUCCAGUAAAGGGAACGGGGUCAACAUUCAAAUUGUGGAGGUCAAACCUUAUGAGCUGCCUCCACCCCGAACCAUCGAUCACUCUGUCCCGUCGGCGGUUUCAAGAACUAAACAAAAGAAGGGAAAAAAGAAAACAGAUCAGCGAAUGGAUAGGGAAGACUCAAUCGGAAGAGGGGAAGAAGGAGGAUGCGGCGGCAGGGGGAAUUGCGAUGGAUUCGGCGGCGGUCAACAUUGA